ACAAAAGAGAUGAAUUAAAUAAGCAAACUGGUGAACAGCAGCUAUAUUUACUGGUCAAAAGAAGCUGUCUUGCUGAUUGAUUGUGGGUGUGUGGCAGGUAACUUGAGUAUGUGAUGAUAGUGAUAAUGGUUUACAAAGCUAUCAGCUUGCAAUAGGAUGAGAUAACAUUGAAUAGGAAUCAGUGAGUCAUAUAGUAAUAUUGUAGAUACAGAAUUGAGAUAAAGUGAUACAGGUGUCAAAAGUGUUUUAUUUUACUGAGAAUGUAGUGUCAUACAUGCUCUGUCAACUGUGUUACUGGUGUUUGUUCCUAAGCAGAAAAGUUGCUAUGUUUUGUCUUAAAGUAAUUUAAAACUGAUUCAAAGUCAAAAUUCCACAAAAUGUCCCAAGCUAUAGUUUCUGUAAGUACUCAACAUUAAAGCCUGUUUGUAUUAUGAGAUUGGCAUUAUCAGAUCAGAAAAUAUGACAAGAAGAUUUUUCAGUGUGUGUAUAUGAAUGUAACAUUUGUUCCUUUUUUUUUUGCUUAAUUACACUGUAUCUACUACAGAGGUUAUACAGAUGUGAGAAAAACUUUAUGACCUGUUUUAAGGUACUUUGUUGUCAUUUACCUGGAGAGGACUUGAGUGAACCCAUACAACCUUCGUUUUAAAUUUGUGAUCUCCAUACAAGAUUCAAAUCAAAAACUAUGGAAUCAAGUAUUAACAUUUGGUAAAGGACCCUGUUACCCAUUGGAUAGGAGACUGGGUGGGCCCCAGAGGACGCAGAGGCUAGAGGAAAAAUUUAUGAGUGUUUAUGUAAAUAUGAGGUAGAAAGAGGAAGUUAUGUAUCUAUGCUCUGUCAUUAAGAUGUCUUAACUACAGACAGGGUGACCAGGGUUUGAUCCUUGGUGGGGGCAAAGGAUUUUUCAAGCCUCUGGGGCCCACCCAGCCUACUCUGCGAUAGGUAUGAAGGGUCCUUUUGCCAGGGGUAAAGUGCAGCUUGGUCAUGAUGCUAAGCACUCAACCACAUAUAUGUGGAGGUCAGGAAUGAAUAGGAGCUAAACCUUCUCUCCCCUGAACACCUCCAUGGCAUGUAGCAGGACAGCUUUGCUUUACUUUACAUAUGUUCGCUACCUGUAUACUCAUCUGUUGUACUUCACUUCUACCUUGUGACAAUUUUUUUCCCCCCCUUUUCUUUUCUCCCCAGGGAGGCUAUGUCUGGCUGAAGGCAACAAGCAAUGAUGAGUUUGAUGUUCCUGUUGGAGUCAAGAUACUCAGCACUCAGGGCAAGAAUAUUAGAGUCAAGGAUGAUAGUGGUGAGGAAGUGGUAGUUCCAGCAGACCUGGUGCUGAAACCAAUGCAUACAACAAGUUCACUUGGUGUAGAAGACAUGAUAACACUGGCUGAUCUACAGGAAUAUACCAUACUUAGAAAUCUGCACUACCGUUACAACCAAGACUUGAUCUAUACAUACACAGGGUCAAUCCUAGUAGCUGUUAACCCAUACCAAGUUCUUCCUAUUUAUACAAGCAAGGAUGUUGCCAUGUAUAAGGACUGCAAGUUGGGUGAGCUUCCUCCUCAUGUAUUUGCCAUUGGAGACAGCUGCUUCACUGACAUGAAGCGCUUUCAGCAGAACCAGUGUGUUGUUAUAAGUGGUGAGAGCGGUGCAGGAAAGACUGAAAGCACUAAGCUUAUCUUACGUUACUUGGCAGCUGUAAGUGGGAAACAUUCCUGGAUUGAACAGCAGAUUCUGGAAGCAAAUCCUAUUCUGGAAGCCUUUGGAAACGCCAAAACUGUCCGAAAUGAUAAUUCAUCAAGAUUUGGGAAGUAUAUAGAUAUAAACUUCAACAGUGACGGUGCUAUAGAAGGCGCUCAGAUUGAGCAGUACCUUCUAGAGAAGUCCCGCAUAGUGUCUCAGAACAACGGAGAACGUAACUAUCACAUUUUCUACAGUAUGUUGGCAGGACUGAGUCAGGAUGAAAAGAAGUCUCUGGACUUGGCUGACCCAUCACAAUAUAUUUAUCUGACAGGGGGAAAGUGUCUGACUUGUGAUGGACGUGACGAUGCAGCUGAGUUUGCUGAUAUUAGAUCUGCUAUGAAAGUUCUGAACUUUUCUGAUGAGGAAGUACUGAAUAUUGUCAGAUUACUUGCAGCCAUUCUUCAUCUUGGAAAUGUGAAAUAUAAUGGACUUGUUAUUGCAAAUAUUGAUGCCGCAGAAAUUCCAGAUCAUUCACAAGUUCAGAAAGUUGCAGCUAUAUUGGGGGUUUCCAAAGACUUGCUUGUUGAUGCUCUUACAAGAAAGACGAUUUUUGCACAUGGAGAGAAAGUAGUAUCUAAUCUGUCUGUAGAGCAAGCUGUCGAAGUCCGAGAUGCCUUUGUGAAGGGAAUUUAUGGACAGAUCUUUAUCAUGAUUGUAGAGAAAAUCAAUAUUACCAUCUUCAAACCCAAAGCAAAAACAAAGAACUCAAUUGGAGUUCUGGAUAUUUUUGGAUUUGAGAAUUUUGACACCAACAGUUUUGAGCAGUUGUGCAUUAACUAUGCCAAUGAGAAUCUGCAACAAUUCUUUGUCCAGCAUAUUUUUAAGCUUGAACAAGAGGAAUACACACGCGAGGGUAUCAACUGGCAACACAUGUCAUUUGUUGACAACCAAGACAUCCUGGAUCUGAUUGGAGUAAAGCCCAUCAAUAUUAUGUCUUUAAUUGAUGAAGAAUCAAGAUUUCCAAAGGGGACCGAUGGAACAUUAUUAACUAAGGUUCAUAAGACACAUGAAGGAAAUAAGAAUUACCUGAAGCCUAUGUCUGACAAGACUCCAGCCUUUGGCUUGAGUCAUUUUGCUGGAAAAGUGUUCUAUGAUGUAAAAGGUUUCUUGGACAAGAACAGAGACUCAUUUAGCACAGACUUGAAACAAUUGGUCCACAUUGCAAGCAACAAGUUUCUGAAGAAUCUGUUUGUUGAGGAAUUGUCCAUCAACCAGCAUGACACAAAAAAACGAACCAUGACUUUAUCUGCACAGUUCCGCAAAUCUCUUGAUGUUCUCAUGAAGACAUUAAGCAGCUGUCAUCCAUUCUUUGUACGAUGUAUCAAACCUAACGCUCUUAAGAAACCAAAGGUGUUUGAUCGAAGUCUGUGCUGCAGACAACUACGCUACUCAGGCAUGAUGGAAACUGCCAAAAUCAGAAGAGCAGGUUAUCCAAUUCGUCACGCCUUCCGAGAGUUUGUUGAGAGGUACAGAGUCCUUGCACCAGGAACUCCUCAUGCACACAAGACUGACUGCAAAGCUGCUUCAAGUAAAAUCUGUCAGCUGGUGCUGAGGAAGGAAGACUACCAGCUGGGACAUACCAAAGUCUUUCUGAAGGAUGCUCAUGACACAUUUCUGGAACAGGAGAGGGAGAGAGUUCUUACAAAGAGCAUUCUGGUGUUAUAUAAAAUUAUGUGUGUAUUUAUAUGUAGAUUCUUGAGACUACGGUCAGCUGCAUUGACACUGCAGAAAUACUGGCGUGGCCGUGUUCCUCGUCUCCAGUACCAGAAGAUGAGACAAGGCUAUCUUCGACUACAGGCUCUUCUUCAUUCAAGGAAGCUAAAACACAGCUUCAGUAAUAUCCGUUCUCGUAUUUCGAAGUUUCAGGCAUUUUGUCGUGGUUAUCUUGUGCGGCAGACAUUAAAAGAGAAAUCCCAGUUCAGAAAAAGACGACUCCAAGAAAUUCUCCAGCUAAGGAAGAAGGAAGAAGCAGAGCUUAAGAAAGCUGGGCAUAAGAACUACAGAGAAAUUGCAGAAGAAAAUUACAAGAAACGUCUUAUUGAACUGGACAAGGAGGUAAAGGACAUCGAGCCUGAAAGCACUAUUGAUAUGGAAGAUGAACCUCCAGAUGUUGACACAUUGUUUGACUUCCUUGAUCCAAGUACUGGUGAUAGUGGUCAUGUUUCUCCUGGUGCCACUGUGUAUGGGGUUAUGGAUACUGGGAAACCUGACCAGGAAAUAAUAAGCAUACCGCAAAUUCAAGACACUACAGGCAGCUUAUCUGAAUUUAACUUCAGAAAGUAUGCUGCAAUGUACUUCUGUGGAAAUGUUAACUACCAGUAUUCCAGAAGGCCCAUCAAGCACUCACUUCUAGAUCUUCCACUUCCAGCUGACCAGUUGGCUGCUAAAGCUCUUUGGGUUACCAUUCUUCGGUUUAUGGGUGACCUAGCAGAGCCUCGGUAUGAUACUGAACAGCCAGACAACACUCCUGUAAUGACAAAGAUAAAUCAAACACUGACUAGGAAUUUUAUUAGCAGCAAGGAAUUUAAGGAAGCUGAGAGACAGAUACAGGAAGAAGAAAUGGCAUUAAAAAAGAUGUCUGCAGCAGAGAGACGUAAAAUGAUCUCGAUGACUCUUAAGCGCAAGAACAAACUGAAUGAAAAUGUGAGGGGUUUGCUGCAAGAUGAAUCUGCUGUUAGCAACUACACGCUGUGGCUAGAAGGACGACGCACUACUAACCUGGAAAAGCUCCACUUCACUGUAGGGCAUGGCAUUCUAAGACCUGAGCUCAGGAAUGAGAUCUACUGCCAGAUUUGCAAGCAGCUGACAAACAAUCCAUCAAAAGCAUCUCAUGCUCGUGGCUGGAUUUUGCUGUCACUAUGUGUGGGCUGCUUCCCGCCUUCAGAGGAAUUUGUUAAUUACCUCAAGAAUUUCAUUCGCACUGGUCCACCUGGUUAUGCUCCUUAUUGUGAAGGUCGACUUGAUAGGACAUUCAAGAAUGGACCGCGAACUCAGCCCCCUAGUUGGAUUGAACUUCAGGCCACGAAGUCAAAGAAACCUAUUGUGAUAGACGUUACAUUCAUGGAUGGCACUGUGAAGAAGCUGAGUGCAGAUUCAUCUACAACUGCUGAAGAACUGUGUAACCAGCUGUAUGACAACAUCAAACUUAAGGAUCACUUUGGAUUCUCUCUCUUCAUUGCACUGUUCGACAAGGUUUCUUCUCUUGGAAACAAAGGAGACCAUGUGAUGGAUGCCAUCUCGCAAUGUGAGCAGUAUGCUAAGGAACAAGGAGCACAAGAGAAAAAUGCACCCUGGAGAUUAUUCUUCCGUAAGGAGAUUUUUGCUCCUUGGCAUGAUCCUACAGAGGAUGCUGUGGCUACCAAUCUCAUAUUUCAGCAAGUGGUUCGAGGAGCCAAGUUUGGUGAAUACCGAUGUGACAAGGAAAGUGACAUUGCCAUGAUGGCCGCCCAACAGUAUUAUGUGGAGAAUGGUGCAAACUUUGAUCCAAGACUGUUAUCCAGUCUGCUGCCCAAUUACAUUCCUGAUCAAUUCCUGAAAAACAGUGGAGAUAAAGUACUCAGCAGAUGGGAGAGGCUUGUUGCAGAUGCAUUCCAGAAGAGCUACUUUGCAAAAGAGCAAGUAUCUGACAUUAAAGUGAAAGAGGAUAUUGUGGCAUAUGCCAUGAUGAAGUGGCCACUUUUAUUUUCAAGAUUUUAUGAGACAGUGAAAAUAUCAGGGCCAGAUAUGCCUAAGAACAAUAUCAUACUAGCAGUUAGCUGGACUGGAAUUUAUUUUGUUGAUGAUGAAGAGCAAGUUCUGUUGGAGUUGUCAUUCCCAGAAAUCACUGGUGUAGUUCACAAUAAGACUAAUCUAGGGGGAGCCCCUUCAUUUUCACUUUCAACAAUCCAUGGUCAUGACUUUGUGUUCCAAUGUGUGACUGCUGAGGAUUUCCAUGAACUGGUGAACUACAUGCUGGAUGGCUUGAAGAAACGCUCUCGGUAUGUCAUAGCACUACAGGACUACAGCCCACCGGUUGAUGGUCAGUCAGUCCUCAUACUACAGAAGGGAGAUGUGAUUGAGUUAACAGAUGGAAACCUAGGAGAAAGUGUACUGUCAGGUGACUGGGGUGAAGGCUACUGUGAGAGGACACGAAUGAAGGGAUGCUUCCCUGUAGAGAGUGUGUAUGUGCUGCCUGCAAUAAAACGUCCACCAUCAGAUAUCUUAGCUUUAUUCAAGAAAGAAGGUGCAUUUGGUAAACAGAGCAAGCAGCAGAUAAACUUGACACUCACUCGUCGUAAGAUGUACACACUGGCUAAAUAUGCCAGUCAACAUUUCAGGGCCAAUCAACCUGUCACAAUCCCCAAAGGUCAAAUGAUGACAUCAGCGAGGCGCACCACACAGGAGGAACUGUGGAAACACUCCCGAGAGCCUCUGAAGAAACCACUGUUGCAGAAACUGAUGGACCAUGAAGAAUUGGCUGCUGAAGCUUGCAUAGCAUUCACUGCUAUCCUGAAAUACAUGGGGGACCUGCCAACCAGACAUGCACGUGCUGGUAUAGAGUAUACAGACAAGAUAUUCAGUGGUGCACUGAAAAAUGAUAUGUUACGUGAUGAGAUAUAUUGCCAGAUAAUGAAACAGCUGACAGACAACAGGAACCGGCUGAGUGAGGAACGAGGAUGGGAACUUAUGUGGCUGGCUACUGGGGUGUUCUCUUGUAGUCAAACUCUGAUGAAGGAACUAACACAGUUUCUACGUUCUCGUCAACAUCCUGUUGCACGAGAUUCUUUGCACCGCAUUCAUAGAAUUCUCAGGAAUGGUCAGAGGAAAUAUCCACCUCACCAAGUCGAAGUUGAAGCUAUCCAGCAUAAGUCCACUCAGAUCUUCCACAAGGUCUACUUCCCUGAUGACAAUGAUGAGGCUUUUGAAGUGGAUUCUGCUACCCGUGCUAGAGACUUGUGUCAGACUAUAUCAGAACGGUUGGAUCUACGCACAAGUGAAGGUUUUAGCUUGUUUGUGAAGCUAUGGGAUAAGGUGUUCUCUGUCCCUGAAGGAGAUUUCUUUUUUGAUUUUGUCCGCCUGCUUACUGACUGGAUGAAGAAGGCACGGCCAUCACGUAGUGCUGGAGGUGUUAAUUACCAGUAUCAGAUAUUUUUUAUGAAGAAAUUGUGGCUUAAUACAGUCCCUGGAAAGGAUAAAAAUGCUGAUCUUAUAUUCCACUUUCCACAGGAAAUGCCAAAAUAUCUGAGAGGCUACCACAAAGUCACCAAACAUGAUGCCAUUAAUAUAGCAGCUCUUCUCUAUAGAACUAAAUUUGGAGACAGCAGGGCAGAGCUUCAGCUAAUUCCUCAAAUUCUGGGAGAAUUGGUGCCUGCAAAUCUAUUGAAAAUACAGAGCACAAGUGACUGGAAAAAAUCUAUUUCUUCUGCAUUUGCACAAAAUUCUGGUAUGAAACCAGAUGUUGCAAAGGAAACUUUCCUGCAGUAUAUCCACAUUUGGCCCACUUUUGGAUCUGCAUUCUUUGACGUAAAACAGACGACUGACAGCAGCUACCCUGAAGUGAUUACUGUUGCCAUUAACAAGAGGGGUAUCAGCAUAAUCCAUCCCCACACCAAGGAAAUUUUGGCUGUGCAUCCAUUCACCUGCAUUUCCAAUUGGUCAUCAGGGAAUACAUUCUUUCAUGUCUCAAUUGGGAACCUGGUGCGUGGCUCCAAGCUUCUUUGUGAGACCUCACUUGGCUACAAAAUGGAUGACUUGCUUACAUCAUACACAUCCCUCUUGUGCUCCUCCUUCAAUGUUGGACACACACAGUUCUGAUCAUUCAGUGAUUAUGUCAUUUCACCUCACUUUAUAUCCCUUUUGGGACAGAAUUGGCCAAAGAAAUAUGUAUAUAAAAAUUUUCCCUCAGUAAAUUAUUUAACUUUAUUUGUAUAGGUUAUAUAAUGUUAAAUAUAAAUAUGAACCUGAAUAAUAAAUUGAGAAUUACAGACA